AGAGCGGCCCGGAAGUGCCCGGCUGAAGCGGCCGGGCGCCGAUUGGUGUCUUUGAGUCUAGUCUUUGUUCGGGGCUGUCCAAAGAGGGAAGCUAGCUGUUGCACCUGUUCCUCCCUGCGCGUAAGAUAGAGGAUAAAUCUCCUGACAAAGCCCAGAAUGACCACAGCCCUGGAACCUGAGGACCAAAAAGGACUUCUGGUAAUUAAAGCAGAGGACCAUUACUGGGGACAGGAUUCCAGCUCACAAAAGUGCAGUCCUCGCAGGAGGGAACUCUAUAGACAGCACUUCAGGAAGCUCUGCUAUCAGGAUGCACCUGGACCCCGUGAAGCUCUUACCCAGCUGUGGGAGCUCUGCCGUCAGUGGCUGAGGCCAGAAUGCCACACCAAGGAGCAGAUUUUAGACCUGCUGGUGCUAGAACAGUUCCUGAGCAUUCUUCCUAAAGACCUGCAAGCAUGGGUGCAUGCACACCAUCCAGAGACUGGAGAGGAGGCAGUGACUGUGCUGGAGGAUCUGGAGAGAGAGCUUGAUGAACCUGGAAAGCAGGUCUCAGACAAUUCAGAAAGAGAGGACAUACUCAUGGACAAGUUGGCCCCCUUGGGAAGGCCAUAUGAAUCACUGACUGUCCAGUUCCAUCCCAAGAAGACCCAGCUGGAGCAGGAAGCUGGGAUACCACUAAGGAAUGGUGAUAAAACUAGGACUAAGAAUGAAGAGUUGUUCCAGAAGGAAGAUAUGCCCAAAGACAAGGAAUUCCUUGGGGAGAUAAAUGACAGACUGAACAAAGAUACUCCUCAGCAUCCUAAGUCCAAAGAUAUUGAAAAUGAGGGCAGAUCAGAAUGGCAACAGAGGGAAAGAAGACGAUAUAAAUGUGAUGAAUGUGGGAAAAGUUUCAGUCAUAGCUCAGACCUUAGUAAACACAGGAGAACUCACACUGGAGAGAAGCCCUAUAAAUGUGAUGAGUGUGGAAAAGCCUUCGUUCAGCGCUCACAUCUCAUUGGACAUCAUAGAGUACACACGGGAGUAAAACCCUAUAAAUGUAAAGAAUGUGGGAAAGAUUUCAGUGGGCGCACAGGUCUUAUUCAGCAUCAGAGAAUCCACACAGGUGAAAAACCCUAUGAAUGUGAUGAGUGUGGAAGGCCUUUCCGAGUAAGUUCAGCUCUUAUUAGACAUCAAAGAAUUCAUGCCACAAAUAAACUCUACUAAUGUAGUAGUAAUAUCAAAAGUUCUUUAGACACUCAGGCCUAACUAGUUAUCAAAGAAUCUAUUUUAGAAACCUUGAGUUUCCUCAAUGUGGUCAAAGCUUCAGUCAUCAUUAAACUUCUCUGGACCAAAGAA